GACAACUUAAUGAAUCUGGCAUUUCGUGUUGAUGACAUCAGAUUGUAUUUUUCUUUAUAAUUUCUCAUUAUGAGGUGUGAUUAUUAGGCGGUAAAUGAAAGAGUUCUUUGUUAAAUAAAGUAUCGGUGUUUAUAGUACAAGGACGUGACGCUAACACAUAUUUCUAUGCUCUUUGUUUGUUCCAAGAUAGGCAAUCUAUAUUGGUUUGUCUGCCUGCUUCCAACAUCUGGAAUCAGGUUUUUGCUAUGGGUGAUUUGAAUGUGACAUCAGAUGUGGCUAACAUCUCAUCAAGUACAAUGUCUGCUGUUCUAAGCAAUACGACUGAAGAUGACAUUGUGCGAGAUAAUUCCACAUAUAACGAAACUGAUAUCGAUGUCCCUCCUACAUUUCUUCAAACAACAGGAGCACAAGUGAUAUCUGGAGUAUUUGUUUGGUUUGCAUUAUUCUUGACAUGUCAUCAGAUUUAUCAGCAUUUACGUUAUUAUACAAGCCCAUCUGAGCAGCGAUGGAUUGUAAGAAUAUUAUUCAUCGUACCUAUCUAUGCUUUUGAUUCAUGGUUAAGUCUGAUGUUUUUCCGUGAUAACUAUUAUAUAUAUUUUGACAGCAUCCGUGAUUGGUAUGAAGCUUUUGUGAUUUACAAUUUCUUGAGCUUAUGCUAUGAAUACCUAGGAGGAGAAGGUAAUAUUAUGUCAGAAAUACGAGGAAAACCUAUAAGGGCAAGUUGGUGGUAUGGUACUUGUUGUUUAGGAGGAAAAACUUAUACCAUAGGAUUUUUGCGUUUCUGUAAGCAGGCUACCCUUCAAUUCUGUGCUGUGAAACCUUUGAUGUCAGUUAUUAUUCUUAUUUUGCAACCACUUGGAAAGUAUUCAGAUGGUGAUUGGAGACCUGAUAGUGGAUAUCUAUACAUCACCAUAAUUUAUAAUAUCAGUGUUACACUGGCAUUAUAUGGACUUGUGUUAUUCUACUUUGCUACACAUGAAUUAUUAUCUCCCUAUGAACCAGUUUGGAAAUUUUGUACCAUUAAGUCUGUUAUAUUCUUGUCAUUCUGGCAAGGAUUUGUGUUGGCUAUCCUUGAAAAGGCUGGGGUUAUUGCUCCGAUAUUUGCAAAUCGAAUGAGUACACAUGCUGCAAGUGCAGGAACCGUGUCAGCUGGUAUUCAAAAUUUUCUGAUCUGUGUUGAGAUGUUUUUUGCUGCGCUUGCAUUGCGGUAUGCAUUUCCUUACCGUGUGUACAUGCAAGAUUGUGCAACAGAUUCUCAAGGUCGUUCUGUAACCAUGCAAAGCAUAUCAAGCAGUUUGAAAGAAACUAUGAAUCCUAAAGAUAUAAUGAAUGAUGCCAUACAUAAUUUCCACCCUCAGUAUCAGCAAUAUACUCAGUAUACAGCUCCUGCAGCACCUGUGAGCCAUUGGGGUAGUAUUCAAGAAAAUCAUCAACCACGCCGAAAUAAUACUACUCAACAUCGCCAAAUAUCAACCAUUAGCCACAAUUAUAAUGAAAAGUCCACUCUUCUGAGUUCUGAUGAUGAAUUCCAGUAGCGUACAGGAAUUUAAUAUGAAUAAGUAUUGGGAUAUUUUUAACCUGCUGUUUACAAUUUCUUUUUAAGCAUUUAAGUAUCAAAGUAUGCUCUGAAUUCUGUACCAAAGUUUUCUAGUCAAACUAAGUGAAAUUACUUUAAAUUGUUUUUUCUAGCAAUAGUUUAUUUUUACUUGCAAUAAUACAAGUUUAUAUUCUAAAAUAUAUUUUUUUUUAAUUUUUAAUAAAUUUUGUUUUAUUUCAGAUUUGUAAUCUGGUUUUGUUUUUAUAUUUCUCUGAACAAUGAUUUUGUAUUAAAAGUUCAUUACGCUUAUUGCUGAACAUUGUAUACUUUAUGAUAUGUAAUCUGUUACUCAUCAAAGUGCUGAGCACUAAGAUCUGAUUUUGUGUAAAUGUAUGCUUAUUUAUACUGUAUGUGUUUCAAAUUGCUAUAAUGUUUAGCAAGCUGUUCUACUUAAUUUAUUUUGUAGUAUAUUUUAGCAUAUAUCCAAGAAAAAUUAAGUGCAGUAAAACUUUGCUAAUCUGAACCUAGUUAAUUGUUAUAAGUUAAUAAUGGAGUUUCUGUACUAUAUAUCAAAUAUUUAAAAAUGAGACAUUUUGUAGGUUGUACAAAGAGAAAAUACUCAGCUUCUUUGUGAAAUUUUUCUUAUUUCUGGUUAUCUGAAUUGGAUUGGUAUUUUUAAUUUUGUACUUGCAUAAAUGUAAUGUCAGUUAUGUUUUAUAUAGUUGUGGAUUCAUCAAAGUUGAAAAAUUAUGUAAAUAAAAAAUAUGUUCUUUAAUUAUCAAGCUCAAAAAUCUGAGAAUAGUUUAAAAAUAUUACUUCUGCAGACAGGGAUUGUUGUAGCUAUUACUUUAAUGCUGAUCGUCAUGCGAAGAUCUGUGCUUUUGAAGUGUCUAAGGUAUAAAAUUUUGCAUUUCAUUGAGCUAAAAGUGAGUGCAGAAACAAAAAUGUAAAAAAUAUGUGAGGAAUAAAGGAAGUAAAAGAAUUGGAAGUUGUAAAAGCUAAGAAUUAAAAAGGGGUUAAAAAAGACACGAGUAUUUAGUUUUUUAUAAAAGUCUUUGAUAUUUAUGAUUUUUAAAUAAUGCAUAUGCAGGGGAAUGAAAAGAUAUACAAAUUAAAAGCACAAAAUAAAAGUAUUCAAUUAAGGUUCCUUGGUCAUUGGUAUAUAAGUUAAUUGCACAGAUCAGGCCAUGAAAAAAUAUCUUAGGCACCAACUAUUGCUAUGUAGAUAAUGUAAUUCGGAAUACAAUGGCAAUACAUAUAUCUCUUGAUAAUACAGAGGAUGUAUAGAACUAAUUUUGAAACAAGAACAAAAUUUCAGGAAGUAUUAAUAGCAUAUUUUUACUAGUAGCAGUAUGAGUUAUGUAAUAUGCUUUUCCUUUAGUAAUUUAUCUGGAAUUAAUGGAUUUAUCUCGACUGCAUUUUUAAUGCAUGGAAACAUAGUAUUCUCUUCAGUAAUGAUGUAGUGCAUUGAGUUGACCAAUCUCGGAAGAAAACAAUGCUGGUGUUUGCAGUACAUUAUUAUCAGUCUGUUCUUUGUUGAAGUUGAUCAGGUUUAUCCAGUUUUACCUGCAAUUUUAAUAAAAGGCUGUGUGGGUUAAAUUGAAUCAAAAUGGGUUGUGAUUCAUUGUAGUUGAGAUAGUUAAUUAAAAUUACAUUAAAUUAUAUAGCAUUCCCUUCAGACAUUAAUCAGAUAAUGUCAUGAAUUUAAAAAACUGAAAAAGAUAUUAUUUUGCUUUCUAUUUUUUGUUAAAAUUUUGUACUUCUGUGUUGAUGGUUAAGACUUCUUGGUCAGUUGGAGUAUUCUCUUUUUGGACUUUCCUUUUUCUUUAAGUGCAUUAAUUAAACAGUAACCUAGAAAUAAAUUUAUUUGGCAUAAUAAUGUUUUGACCUUAAACUUGCUAUUAUUUAAAAAUAAUAUUUAGACAUACAUGCCUUGAACAGAUGAAAGAAAAGUAUGUUGUGUCUCAAUAUACAUGCUAAUACUGUAUGGGGAUAUUUGUUUAUUUUAAUAUUCUACUAAUUAAUUCCAUUUGAAUAUUACUUAAAGUUCGAAGAGAGAAGGAUGGUAGUCAUUUAUAUGUAUAAAAAUUUUCACUUAUUGUGGCUUUAAUCAUAAUUCAAUUUCACUAAUGUUGAUUCUUCUUCUAAAACGAUCUCUAGAUUAGCAGAAUUUUACUGUACUUCUGUGAUAGUUUAGAGUUGUUUUGUGAAUUAUAUUUAGUAAAAGUUCAUUGCUCCUUCAAAGAAGAAAUGUUUUUCUUAGUUGAAGAAAUAUCAUUAGGCCUGAAAUAUAUAACCUAAAUUUGAUAAUUUUGGACUUUUAGUACUGAAUUUUAAUCUUCCUUCUAAAUGCAUGAUUUAUCAAUUAUUGAGUGCAGGAAUUUUUUACUGAUUGAUUUCCCAUGCUGAAAUAUUAUUUCUCAUAAAAGUGUAUCAUAACCUUGAUAUUUUAAAUACAAGUUGUCUGUUGUAAUGAGGCUUUUGAGAAAUGAUUAACUCUUAAGAAAUAAUAAAGAAUAAAUGAAAUAAAAUUGUCAUGAUGGAAACAGAAGUAACAUUUAAGAUUUCUGUUUUGCUUUGUAGUUUAAUUGUAUGUAUCUUGUUGUUGUAUAAAGUGUAUAUUUGUGAAUGUGUAUAAUAAAACUUUAUUGUGAGUAA